AAAUAACAUUCGUUUUUACCCUUUCGAUGUUUGAAUUCUGCAAUUUGCUCUUAAAAUUCUGGACGUGAUCUUUCACGUUUAAAACCAGCUAUUUUGUGUGUUCAAUUUAAGCCAAAGUGCAGCAACUCAGAUUACUGCCGGUAAAAAUCAUUGCCGGAAAUUUCUUUCCCAGGUGAAAUGGCUGUAAUUUGAACAGGUGAAGGGCAGUCAAUCAAAAGUGGAAUUCUUCAAGUGAAAUGUCCACUUCAGCCGUCGUUCCGUUGGUAUUCUGGGGCAGCACACCUCCUAAACAUGUGGUAUCCUGUAUUUUGGUCACUUACGAUCAAAAGACGAUCAUUACUGGUUCCAAAUCAGGUCAACUUGGUAUAUGGGAUAUAAGGCAUUUGGAUGGGGGCAAAGUCGAAGUUGUUGCUAAAAGUUUGAUAUUUGGUCAUAAUGAUGUUGUGACAGCACUGGCCUGUGCCUGCGUUGGUUUGGAAAAUCAAUCAGCUGUCAUUAGUGCUGCAGAAAACGGCGAGCUUUGUCUUUGGGAUGUCGAUGAUGGUCUUUGUAUUCAAACCAAUUUUAUACCUGGUGCACACUAAUUUACUGGUAUAUUGUCUUUUUCUCUUAUUAGCCAUUUCGUGUUUCUACUGGUGGCAGCAAGGAGUGGAGUAGUGUGUCAUGGAUAUUACUUGGACGUGUAUAUUGUGGAUGUCCUUACAUUGGAGGUUCUUCACACUUUGUCGCCUUCAGCCUCUUCCAAUUGGCUAGCAACUGCAUGUGUAGUCAGGCCUCCAGAAGAGGAUGUUCUUGUUGGGACAUUGUUAGGGACUAUUAAAAUUUGGCCUCUCAAGAGAAAUCCUGAUAACAAGCCUACAGAAGCCAUGUAUGAUCAAAGUCUACCACAAAUGGCUGGAAUCAAAGCACUUCAUGUUGUAUGCAAUCCAUUCUCCCAAAGAACCAUUCUGAUUGUAUCUGCCAAGCAAUGGCAGAUGUACGAUGUGAGUAACUUUCAGUUUCUUGUGGCUGUGCCCGCUGUUGCUGGAGAAAACUGGACAGCUGCUGAUUUCAUACAAAGUAAUUGUGUCUUGGUUUGGUCUAAGAACAGGGGUCUCCAAACUACGGCCCGCUGGCCAGAUGUGGCCCGUUGCGCCUCUCAAUCCGGCCCACAGAGACACUUAAGAAAGCCAAUUUCACCACUCACAUUGAGAAAACUGAACAGACUUAAUGAUCUGGUCCUUUAUGAAAAGGAAGCAAUUUAUUUUCAAAUUGGCUUUAUUUUGAUAAUGAUACCUGAUAGGUUAUCUGCCGAAAUGUAUGGGAAGGCAUUCAUGUAUUGUCUACCACCAAGGUGUUGCCCUGAGAAAGAGAAUGUUCCAGCUGGACAAGUUACCGAACGUUCGCCUAACUUUAAUGGCCAGCCUCAGUUGAUUUGCUCAUUUCAUGAUAGAAGUGAACAGAGGACUUUCAGUGGUUCGAAAAUGAUGUUUUCGUACGGUCGUCUGGAACCAUUUCACAAGUUGAUAAUCGAGGGAAACUCUAGCGGAAGAAUUAAGGUUUGGUCUAUCGAUGACAUCGUUCUCGAACUUGGCAAUUACGAAGAGCGUCUACUUACGAACUCUUCCGAAGCGAUCCCGUGUGACGUAAGCACUGGUUAUGCUGAUAUUUGGAAUUCUUUGACGAAGCCUUGCGGUUUGUUGGAUUCCUUGGAUGGAAAUCAAAAACCAAUAAAGAUAACUUCAAGCCUCUUUCUUGGUGCUCAAGGAAAAAUUGCUUGUGGUCGGCAGGAUGGAACUAUUAUCAUAAUAUCAGCAACUAAAGCAGCAAUCACCCAGUUAUUUCCUUUGCCCACGACAUCUUGGCCCAAAUACCAAAAGUUGAUUGGUCAUGGAAGUAAGGUCACGUGUCUGCUCUACCAUGGAGAGUAUGACCGAUAUGCUCCUGAACACUUUGUGUCUGGGUCAGCGGACUUCACUGUCAACUUAUGGAAUCUUGCCACUGGUGUUCGUUACAUCUUUUCAGCCAAUGGUGGCGAGAUAUCGCGACUCACAUGUACACCACCUGAAUGCAGCAUUCGUAUUCAAAACUGCAUCUGCUCAAUAGCUCAAGAUCACUCCGUUGCAUUGCUAAAUCUGCGAGAUCAUCGUUGUGUAUUACUGGCAUCGUGCCACCGGUUCCCCGUGCAGACUGUAAAAUGGAAACCUGCUGAAGAUUUCCUUAUCAUUGGCCUCUCGGACGGGAGUGUAUAUGUAUGGCAGAUCGAGACUGGAAACUUGGACCGUCACGUGACAGGUGAUGCUGCUCUUGAUAUCCUUAAUGCGUGUGACGAUGAAUCAAAUAAACAAACGACGAAAGGAAGCCCGAGGCCCAGGGAACUUUUCACGAAAAAAUUGUCGUACAUCGCAACGAACAUUCCCAAGAUGCCAUCACAAAUAUCGCUUCGGAAAGUCAAGAAGUCUCGCAUGUCUGACAAGGCUCGGAACCACGAAGUCGAUAGCUAUCAAGAAAUGAGCAAGAGCGUCCCGGUUCGAGUGACGUCUCUGAGGACUGGACCUAGUGAAUCAGAAAUUCAUGUUAUGCUGUUCGAUCUGGAAGCACUUAUCUGUCAUCUUCUUGUUGAAGAAUUCAAGAUGCAAAAAAUCGGUUCGAACUCUCGAAAACAUCGGAAAGAUUCGCAAAAGCAAGUUUCAUUCACGUCCGAAAAUCGAGUUAGCCCAAAUUUGAAGUUUUUAGAAGAAAUCCAUGAUGGUGCUCAGCUCUUAGUCUCUUGUUUGCACUCCUGGGGCCUGGAUCCAGAGAUUGAUGAUAUUUGCACUGCGAAACUUGGGCUUCUAAAACCUGUUAAACCUGUUUUGUUUGGCCUUCUCACGCAUCGAAAGCUUAGCCUUAUCAUGCCUGGAUGGUAUUCUCAUGCAGCCCGUUCAUCGCCUUGCGCCCAAAAUUUGCCAGGUGGAAAACUCAAUCCUGACGAACUCUACGAAUCACGUUGGCAAUUUUGUUCUGCAUUAACAACACAACAUUCACUAAGUAUCGUUGCCUUGACCAACACGCUGAUGAGCAUGAGUCAGAUAAGCUUUUUGCCAGACGCAAAAGGUAGUCGCGCUGACAAAACUACGAAAGGUUCUGAUGUUGAAGCGAUGCCACCCGAUGACGCAAGCAUGGCUAUCGCUUCCAUGAUCCGUGCCAACAUCAAAGCCGGUUGGAGUCGUCUCGCAACAUUAUAUUGUUGUUUAUUACCCGAUAAACUGGACAUGGCUCAUUACAGGCCACCACUUCUACAUGUUUUAGCCAGACGUUGGCAAGACCGCUGUCUCGAGAUUCGUGAGGCGGCUCAGGCCAUUCUUGUUACUGAGCUCAGAAGAAUCAGCCACGAUGGUCGAGUGAAGGUUGUCGAAACCUGGGUACAAUAUUUACCUCAACAAAUCGAAGGGUCCAGUAUAAUGGAGUCAAAUGAUUCUGAUACAGAAGUAUCUGAUUCAAGCGGAGUCACAGCUACGGAAGACGAUUUCUCUGAAGACGUUUCUAAUGUUCUUGAUGGUGCGAAAAAACUCUUUCAAUAUGACGCGAACCGACGCCAGGCCACCUCGAUUAUAAUGUUGGCCAGAUUUUAUGAACGUUUCCAAGAAUUUGCUAUUCAGUGGAUAGUGGUGUUCGGCCUUCGUGCAACCGCCUCCUGGUCGUUCAUUGUAUCAUAUUUGGAUGCGCUUUUAUGUAUAUAUUUGCCAUGUUCUUAUUCAACUAUACAUUUUUUAUCAUCAUCGUAUAAUCAAGGCGAAGUUUUGCUCCAACCACGUGUUGUGUAUCUCACAAGCCGAGCUCUCAUGUACAUUUUACUGAAGUCUCAGUCACUGACCUCGCGAACUUUAUCUUACACACCUAUGCGACGAACAGCGAUCGAUUUGAUUGGUCGAGGAUUUCCAUUAUGGGAGCCGCACAUGGAUGUUUCAGCGGUACUCAUGGCUUUAUUAGAAUUGUGCCCGGACAAUAGGAGUCACGUGGCAUCUUUUUCCAGAGGGUUGCCGCUGUCCAGUGCUGCUGACUCGCAAAGAUCAGCACGACAUGCCUUGACUCUUAUAUCGACUGCUCGACCUCUGGUUUUUAUAACCACCUUGGCUAAAGAGGUAGCACGAAGCUCCUCCGCUCAAGCAUUGCUGUCAUUCAAUCAAGCAUCCCCGGCAGCCAUUGCGGUUUACAGUCAUGUUCGUCCCCAGCCCUCGCCCACCGACAUCCAACAUUCGUCCACGCUAUAUCGUUCGAAGAAAGAGAUAUUGCGCGUGCUGGAGUUGAUGAUUGAUAAAACGCAAAGCGAAGUAAUGAAAUUAUUAACGGAGGUCGUUCAGAUCGUAAUUUAUUGCGUCGAGUCGAAACAGCUGAAAGAACGUGGCAUGAUGGAGAUAUUUCCAGCACUCUUUAAAUUUCACAUGAUAAGUUAUUGUACAACUACAAGACGUCUUGCAGUGGGCUUAAAAUCUGGGCAGAUCACUCUCUAUGAUUUGAGAUCAUCUAAAGAUCAGAUUAUUUCUGCACACUCCUACGCAAUCACCGCGGUAGAAUUUUCCAAAGAUGGUAAACUUCUAGCUACAUAUUCAUACCAAGACUCAAAGGUACACUUUUGGCAGACGAGUUCCUCGUUGUUCGGUGUUCUUGGAUCAAGUCAAUGUAUUCGCACGCAUAACGUGUGGAGAAAUGUGGAGAUCACACCUGUUGGUCUUAAGCAGACAAAACUUGUAUGGGUUAAUCAAAAAUCUGUCGUGUUACUUUUAGCGGAUGGUAAACAGCUUACUUUCUCGGUGUGAAUUAAUUCGAUGCUCGUGUACGAUAAAGACAGUUCUAGAAUUUUUAUUUAAAAUGUCGAAAUUUUUUCUUCAAAUCAUCGAAGAAGAAUUGCUGAUACAAAUGGGCCGCAAA